UUUGGAUAUCGUACUAAUGAAUCGUAUCUUUUUUUUCUGAAAAUGAACGGAUUAACAAAAGUGUGAAAUAUUAUGGAUGAACAUGUCUUGCUAUCUAUUAAAGGGAGAUAACCUCACACUUCCUGGUGUUGUGACACCAAAGCGGCCAAAGUACGAGAAUCCAGGAGGAAGCUUCAAGGAUUAUUUGCAACAGGGACGACAACAAUCUUAGCUACUUAAGAUUGGUCUGGACCAAUUGUAAGUUUCAACUUGCUUACAAUGAUCUUAGCCUACAAUCACUUUGUGCAAGUGGAUGCCGACUGUAGCUGAAGCCUAAGAUCGUGACCGUGAAGCAGAUGAGGUGAAUGGGUCCAACAAAUAGCUCCUUGUGCAGCAGCUCCAUGGAUCCAGCCGACACUGAUACAGGCCCAGCAGAGCUGGAUGCGCAGCUCCUUCACCGCAGACAAUGCCUUGUGUCUGCCAUCAAACAUGCAUCUGAUUGCAGCAACCCUCUUAUGGACCUUGUGUAUUUGAAGUGCCCAGUAGCUAUGAAGUAUGCUGUCCUAAAUGUUACAAAGAUUUUGCAGGAAAACAAUCAGACAAUACAAAAUCUAAAGAACAUCCCAGUGGCACUUAACAUUUUGGAGAAGUAUGGCCGCCAUCUCCUUAAACCGAAGUCCCUUAGGAACGAACUGUGGAGAUAUGUCAAAUUCUCUAACCCCAUAUUCAAAGACCGUGUUGACGCUCUCAGGGGAGGGAGAGAGCUCAUGAGACUGAUGGGAUACACGCAAGAGAUUGAGGAUGGGCUGUUUUUCCCUGAACCAGAGGAACCUAACCUUGAUCAGACAGCAAAUAUGGUUGCAGACAUCAUACUGGCAAAGAAGCAGAUGGAAAUGUACCUGAGUGGAGUGCAUCCUAAUCAGACUGAAGUUGAACAGUUUAUUCCACCAAAUGUUGUCUCUGAUGUGGAGAUGCUGCGUGUUGGAGUAAGCAUCAGUGCCUUGGGCCAGCACUCGCCACCUGGACCAACAACAGGAGGGAAAACAUUGAUGCCUCAAGCAGAGGGAGGAGGUCAGGAUCUGGCAACUUCAGUGUCACUUCAGAAAUUGUGUGACAUAUGUGGAGCUCAAGAAGCAACAAAACUGUGCAGUAGUUGUGACUAUAAGCUGCUCUGUGCGCAAUGUGAUGACAUGUGGCACAAACAUCCACGUCGACAGAACCACCAACGUGAUCUCACCUCGCCUUCAAAGUCCAAAGAGAACCCCUUGCAGGCUUCUGCUACCAUUCAAGGACCAUAUGGCAUACAGGCCAGACCUACACACAGUCGAAUCCCAAGUCCAACCUAUAAUGCUGUUCAGCCAGGUCGCAACAAAUCAGAUUUGGCCUCAUCUGCAACUGAUAAGACUGAGCAACAUGCAGGACAGAAUCCAUCAUCAAUGCUGCAGAACAUUCUCAAUCUUGACUCAAUCUUGACUCCCAAGAGCUCUAGUUGUGCUUAUGGUCAACUUGAAGAAAGUUGUACAACAGCAGCUCCACAUGAAGUGCCCCAGAUGAAAGAACACCCACCCCCUAUACCAGAUAGGAAACUGAAACCUAUGUUAGUGUCCCAGACUCUGGUUUCAGGGAAGCAGCAGUUGUUACAAGAGAGUGAACCAGUGCAUGUGUUCUUACCCUCUGAGAACAUCAGUUCAUCCCCUCUAAAUUUGAGCAUGCCAAGGCAAUCUGCCAGAAUGUCUGAAAUUGAUCAGUCAGCAUUGACAUCUAAACUUUUGCCAAAGAUUAAAGAAGAAUCAAACUUGGAAAAACAAAAGGCAAAAUGUGAAAUUCAUAUCAUUUCACUAACUGAAGAAAUCGAGGAAAUUGAAGUGCAGUUAAAUCAUUUGAUUGAGAUGAAUGGGAAAUUUUAUGAGCAAGAUGAAUUUUUAGCACUGAACAAGAAGAAAGGUUUAUUGAAAAGAGAAAAACUAAUUCUUGAAAAACAUAGAAGUAGACUUGAAUCCAACUCAGAUAAGCACUCCCAGGUAUCAUCAGAUGUUUAUUAUCCACCGUCUCAUGUAGACUUUAGCAGACUUGAAAACAACACCUUGCCAACAUCCAGUGUUAAUAAGCCUGUUUGUGUUUAUCAGGCCCAGCAUACAGGCAGAACCCAUAACACAUCUGUUGCAAGCCAAAUUGGCACAAAGGUCGUAAGUAAUGUAGAUGAAAACAUGCACCAAUCAUCUGUUAUCCAACCAGGUAAAAUCCAACAGCCACAGGUUCUACAGGAUUCACAAGUUGUCUCUACAGAAACCACCUCUUUGGCAGUUGUACAAAAGAACCAACAGUCAAGUCCUUCAAUUAAGCCUGAAGCUGAAGAAAACAUAGAAUCCAUCACAAAUAAUUCAAAACAAACAGUUGCCUGCAGGAGUAACUCAAAUAGACAACCAGAUCAUGGCAGUCAAUGGCAGUGUGAACACUGCACCAUGUUCAAUGACAGCAACACAAGGAUAUGUGACAUGUGUCAUCGUACAAGUGACAACCCAGUGUUUGUCCAUGAUAUCUGCCCAACUGAGGAAAUAAAAGAGAGUGAAGAAACUUUUGUUGUAUCUCCAAAUAUACCCAUGGUUGGGACAAAGAUUGCACAGGAACAAGACCAGGUGUACCUGGAGAAGCAGGAAGCUCAUCGUCAGUAUGAAGAGAAGUUACUUCUGGGUGCCAUGGGGAAACAAGUGUCAGAAUCAACAAAACAGUCAACAAACAGCAGCAUGAACAGUUCUCAAACAGGCAUGCUUGGCAAUAAUGUGUCUCUACAGGCAUCUGAUUAUCAAAAGUCAGCAAUAAAUGAUUGUGUUAGUCAAAACCAGUCACAUCCUAUUCAUGAGGAAGUUAGCAGUGAACACAGUUUUCAAAGUAGACAAUCCACAUUCCAAGAGACAAUGGAGAACAUCAAUGAACAAAGACAUAUGAAAAAGACACAGCUUGAUGGGGCUGAUUUAUUGCAGAUGAUAAAGUUAGCUGAUCAAAAGGGGUACGGUGUUGAGGAAGUCCAUAUUGCCCUUGAGCAGUGUGGAAAAGACACAAAGGUAGUCAUUGACUGGCUGAAGAAGAUUUGGGAGAAAUGUAUUGAUGAUGUGAUUUCAAGGGUUGCUCAUGCAAGCCAAGCAUCCCAACAGAAUGAUAUCGGUGUUAUAUCUACAGUGGAAGCUAAAAGAGCAUUACAAGAAUCAUCGGGCAGUGUCGAAAAUGCUGUUAUGUAUUGUAUCAACACUCGGACAAAAUUGUACACUGACGUGAAUAGUGAGACUUUGUAUGCCAGAGAAGAUGUUCUGGAGGCAAUGCACGAACACGAAGGAAACAAGGAGCAUGUUAUACAUCACUUGGACAUGAUGAGGCUAGCCCCCUUCAAACAUCGUAUAUGGGUUGGAAGUGACAAUCCAGAACCUGACAUGAUGCAACUUGCACUGAACAUCAACUGUAACAGUGUAUCCACAAGUGUCAUAUCACAUCAAGACUUUCAGGACAUGGUCUGCAACAAAGAUAUUGAUUUGGAGAGAAGAAUACGUACUGUGUUGGUUGAAGCAAGGCUUCAGAGUUGGGGAAGAGCAGAAACUGUUGUCAAGAUCCUUGACAAUGACCUUGAAACACUGAAGCAAGAGAGCGACUAUGACUACACUUUAGAGGAUGUGGUGGAAGCAGUGCGGAACUGCCAGGAUAGACGCAGCUCCAUUGUAUACCUGCAGAGAGAAUGUGUCAUCUGCAUGUCCAGGUUUCCAAUGAGCAAGAUGAUGAACUUGAACAUCUGUCAGUGUCAGAUGUGCCGUGAAUGUCUCAGUAGGCACUUUGAGAUCUCUAUUAAGGAAAAGCAUGUUCGUAACUGGACCUGUCCAGUAUGCAGUCUGCCUGACUUCAAUGAUGAAAAUGUGUCUGACUACCUCAAUCUUCUUGGACUCAUGUUGAACACCUUUGUUGAAAAGGACAUUCAAGAUUUAUUUGAAACCAAAGUUCGAGAUUGGCAUCUCCAAAACGACCCCAAGUUCAGAUGGUGUGCUCAUUGUGGCAAUGGCUUUCUAUAUCAAGGUUGGCAGAAUGGACGAGGUCAGCUUUCUAUGACAUGUCAGCAGUGCUUCAAGAAGACUUGUUUCCUUUGUAAAAAACAGUGGGAAGAUCAGCAUGAAGGUCUAACCUGUGAAGAGUUCACACAGUGGAAGUUUGACAAUGAUCCAGAAAACCAAGCCGUUGGACUAGCCAAGGUAUUGGAAGAGAGUGGGAUAGACUGCCCAAGCUGUAAGAUGCGCUACUCACUUGCGAAAGGAGGAUGCAUGCAUUUCAAAUGCCCUGAAUGUGCUCAUGAGUUUUGUAGCGGCUGCUCUCAACCCUUCUACAAACAAGGAACCUGCACAAAGUUCACACAGUGUGUUACACAAGGACUGCACUGCCAUCAUCCCCGCGACUGCUUCUUCUACCUGAGGGACAAUGAUAUUGUUGAGUUACAGAAGUUGCUGCAGAUUGGCCAUGUGCAGUUCAACACAGAAGGACCAGGUCAGACCCUCAGAGCAUGUCCUGUAAUGGAGCAGAAGGAUGGUGAAGUUGGCAGUCGUCAGGAUGAGGCCUGUGGCAAAGAGGUGAUGGAGGGAAAUGCAGGACUAUGCAGUGUUCACUACAAAGAGUAUUUGGUUGGCCUGAUUAACCGACACAAACUAGACCCAGUGAACAUCAUGACUUCUGAGCAGAUGCAUCGACUUAUUUCCCGAACAGAGAUAGCAGAACAGAAGAAGAAUGACACAGAAACCCAAAUCCAGUUCAACAACAGGUUGACAACGUUCAUAAAACAGAAAAUACCCUUGAAGAGAUGAAUGUGUACAGUGUGCUGCUGUGAAAUGGGAAAACACCACACACAUUAACUGCCAACAGGAAGCUAUAGUGUGAAUCAUGGAAUUCAAGAGUGGAGGAAGGAUGACAUUGACAUACAACUGCAUUUUGUGAUAUGUUUUAGUGAGACAUUUAAGUAAAUUGAUUAGUUAAUUGCUAAGAAAUAUUUAUGUCAUGCACAAUAUUUUUUCACAAAACAUGGGUAAACAUUUGACAAAAAUGAUUUUUUUUCUGUAUGGCUAAUAUGGCUGUCUCAGCCUGAAAGUCUAGUGAGCUUAUGUCAUAGCCUACUUGUCUGGUAUCUUCAAGAAGUAGUAAGUACACUUUUCCCAGUUUCCGCCACCAAUUAACUCUGAAAAAGUGGAUACCUGGAAAAUAGCUGAGAAAGACAGAUAACACUGUUUUGACAGUCUUUUCAAGUAAAAUUCCCAUCAUAUAAUCAAUAUUAUCCAAUUAUCUGUCAGUGAACAUGUUACUUAAAAUCAAACCAAACAUACUAAGUACUUGAUGAUAAAAAAUGUACUUUCAACUUUCAAAUGAAGGUAAGGAUAAGGUAAGUGCUUGAUAACAGUGUUAGAACCUACACCGAAACGUAGCUCUUUAUUGUAAUAAAGAAGUUGUUCAUCCAUAAA